AUGCCAUCCCAGCUAAUUGUUUUUAUGGAUGACGUGUCGGGCAAUGUGUUGAAGCAAUGGAACAAACAUCACGCCAUUUACAUGUCAAAUGCCAACGUGCCGUGCGAGAUGCUUGAGAAAGAGUUUUUUGUGCGAUUCCUCAUGCGAGCCAUGAAAGAGUCUAUCUGUGUUGCAGCUGAAUCUGGCAUCGUUGCAUGGGACUGCAAGGACAGGGACAAUCCCAUGCAAGCUGAAGAAUGCAGCCAUGCUGGGCUGAACUGCAACUAUUAUUGCAGGAUGUGUGAUGUUGGUGGCACGAAGGAAUAUAAGGAGUCUGAGGCUGGAUAUAGCAGCAUCUUCAAUUCAGGCAAUAUUCGAACACCGGAGGCAAUCGAGACCGCAAUGCUAUCGGGUGCCUCGGAGAAGGUGAAGAACUCCAUGUCGUCAACUGGUAUUUGUGAUACAGCUUCAGCCUCCAUCCUUAACACACUGCUGGAACUUGGCAAGAAACUCAGGAAACAUACAGUGGGUUCUCCAGCAAUACCUGAAAACGAGGUCAGAAUCACACUUGAGAAAGAGUUCGAGCAGCUCUUGCAAGGUGGAAAGCUCGAUGAUCGUUCAAUGUCCAUAUGGAUACGACUGACUGAAAUCCUCCAUACAAUACUGCUAGGUGUCGUAAAAUACUUCUGGGGGCAAACAGUAUUCCUCCUCGAGAAAUCAAAGCUCUUGCAUCUCUUUCAGACCCCCCUCGAGACCAUUAACAAGGAUGGGCUAAAUGCUCCUUGCCUCAAUGCCAACUAUAUCUGCAACUACAAAGGCAGCUUGAUCGGAAAGCAUUUCAAGAGCUUGGCGCAAGUAAUGCCAUUCCUCAUCUACAACCUUGUCCCACCAACAGUCCUCAAUGGCUGGACAGUCAUGGGUGAACUCGUUGUCCUUGUCUGGCACACGAAAAUAGCAAACACCGAGGUUUACCUUGUAACGCUCCAAUACCUGGUGAAUAACACCAUACAUUUCAUUAUUUCAUGA